AAUUUAUAAGCCAUACAUAAUAAAAAUAAAAAAGCACAAAAAAAUAAUCACCCACAAAGUCACAUACUUGGUAACCGUAAGCUGGCGCAAGGUGUAACAACAUCCGUGUUAUAAUGACUGCCGUUUUCCGGCCACGCGAUAAAGCAAGUUACAUUUAUUUAUUUAUUCAUUCAUUUAUUCGUCUUCUACCAAAAUAUAAGCUUUACGAUAUCGCCUUCAUUCUUUCCCUUUUGUCAUUUCGACGGAUAACAUGUAAUAAAUCACAGUUUACUGGCGGGAAAUUAUAACAACACAGUAGUAAUGUUUUGAUAGAAAGUUUGAUUUUCCUCCAAAUUAAUACGCAAAUAUUGUGCAAUGAGCGCGUAUAAAAAAUGUCACAUCUAUUUUUUACAAUCAAUAAUGAACAAAACAAUAUUAAGUGAAAGCGAAUGUCAGCAAAUUCGUCAGGAAAGUUACCAAGUUUCUGAAGUAACGCCAGAGGGAAAUCUUUUGGAUUUUCUACAAGUUAUUAAUGACCAACUUCAUCCGUUUCAUUUUAAAAUUCGCCAAAGCAAGCGUGAAGACACUGGAGAAACAGUUUACGUUUUAAUAAGUUUGGUGGACAAUGACCUUAACCGUUUAGUCGUCGGUGGCGAUUUCGCGCGCGCUGAACUGGAAUAUUUUAAGAAAAUCCUGGAAAUCAUAAUUGUCAUGUCAGAUACACAAAACGUGGGGACUGCGUCUUCAAUUGAUAUUUUAAAUUUGGCUGAUUCUUGUUCACCGAGAAUGAGCAAAACUGAAGCCAAGAGGUUGCUCACACGGUUUGUGGAUGAGCGGUGGUUUUACGACAACGAAGGAAUCAUCUCUUUAUCUCCACGUUGUAUUCUCGAACUAGAGCAGUAUCUAUCUCAGUGCUUCGACAGUUUUGUGUCAGUAUGCACAAUGUGUUCAAACACUGUUUUUCAAGCUCAAGUUUGCUCGAAUUGUUCUGCGCGUAUGCAUCACCACUGUGCAAGAACGUACAGCAAAAGAAAAACCACUUCUCUAAAAUGUCUUUCUUGCAAUCAUCCAUUUCCACACCUUCAGUCAGAAGAUAAUGGUGUCACAGGGGAAAGUACCUCUUUUCAUACUGAAAAUACUUCAGAAUCAUCACGAAAAAAGAAAAGAACCCAUGCUCACUGAUUUUCGUUUUAAAGUAGAACUUAUGCUGUGUCUUAACAAUACACACAAAAAUCGGGAGCAUGGCGAGCUUCAUUAGUAUAAAACAAUGUUCAUGGUUAGUAACACCUGCUAGUCAUGUUCAUGUGUAAUAUUGUUCUUCCGUAUUUUAGAGACGCCCAAUCUUUUCCCCGAAUUUGUUACAUCAAAAUGUCUCCAAAUAACUGAAAGGCUUAGUUGCAAUGUUUUAAUGUCAUUUUAAAACUAGCCUACAUUUAAACAAAAAAUACUAAAACAUACUUGCCUAAUUAGAAUGUUGUUUUUGGUGCUUUUUGCUGUUUAUGUACUUUUUUUCUAUGAUUAUAACAGUAAAGACACAUGUUGCUUACUUGAAUUAAAAUCUUUUGUUUUGUAUUCAAAGUAUAAAUUUCAAGAUGUUUUGAUAAAAAUUACUCAAAUUUAUAUUAAAACACACAAAAUCAAGUGUAUACAUAUGCAUACAGUUAAUUGUAUAUGUAAUCCAUCAGCAGUACACUACAAUUGUAGUUGACUGUGUACAGGCUGUUUUCUAUUUGUACAUUGUGCACAUUGUGGUCUGAGAAAUAUUUUUAAACAAUUUCAUUUCUAACAAUUUCUUCUUUUCAAUUUUCCAAA